CCCAGUCCGUUCUACAAUUCAAUAUCUCAAAGCACCCGCGUUCGACUUGCGCGCCCUUUUCUGGGAAAGAAAGAGAGGGAUUGCCGCCAUGUCUUCCUGCAAGGGGUUGAUUUCUCUGCCGGAGACCGAUCCUCAGGUCGUCAAGCCCGUCACCAUCUCCUAUGAUGAACUUCGGAGCGAGGGCGUGGAUCUGUCGAGGAAGAUUGAAGAUGGAUUCGGACGCGACGGGCUGGGAAUCGUUGUCGUCACUGGUGUUCCUCAACUUGACGUACUACGAAGAAACCUGUUACAUCUUUCAGUUAGAUUAGCAUCUUUACCAGAAGAGGUCAAAGAGAAGCUUGAAGACCCUGAUAGUCGGUACAAUUUUGGAUGGAGUCAUGGGAAAGAGAAGGUUGAGUCUGGAAAACUGGAUAUGCUUAAAGGAUCUUUCUAUGCAAAUCCAAUUAUUGAUGUUCCUUCAGCUGAGGCCUCUCUUCUGCAAAGAUAUCCAUCUUAUUGUCGACCAAAUAUAUGGCCUAGGAAUGAUUUGCCGGAACUUGAGUUUGCAUUCAAAUCUCUUGGAAAUUUGAUCUUUGAUGUGGGAGUCAUGUUGGCAGGUCACUGUGAUCAAUAUGUCUCCAAGGAAGUGAAUGUAUCUGAAGUUGAAAGUCUUAAACACAUGCUUCAGCGCUCUCGUUGUCAUAAAGGCCGACUUUUGUACUACUUCCCAAAACAGAAAAGUGUUUUGGGAGAAGAAGCUGGUUCAAUGUCUUCUUGGUGUGGCUGGCAUACAGACCAUGGUUCGUUGACAGGUCUUACUUGUGCCAUGUUUAUGAGAGGCACUCAAGAAGUACCAUGUCCUGAUGCCACCGCGGGACUUUAUAUCAAAACAAGAAUGGAUCAAAUUGUUAAGGUGGUUUUCUCUGAUGAUGAAUUGGCAUACCAGAUAGGAGAAAUGACUGAAAUUCUUUCACAUGGCUAUCUGUGUGCAACACCACAUUGUGUUCAGGCCCCUAAAAAUGACAUGGCUUAUGAUGUGAGCAGAGCAACAUUCGCACUUUUCAUGCAGCCUAACUGGGAUGAAAAUUUGAAGUUUCCUUCUAGUCUGAACCUUCAUCAAGAGAUAUUGCAGCUGAUUGAACCAAAUGACUGUUUGACUUUUGGAGAGUACUCCGAGAAGCUCCUGAACAAGUAUUACCAUCAACGAAAUUGACGAUGUGAUGUAAUGCACCAUCUUUAUCUUUAUAUUUAAGUCUGUUCACAGUGUAGCGUCAGAAACUUCUCAUGAUAAUUGUUAAUCUAUUGGAAUAAUCAAUGGGAACAUAAUACUCCUCUUCCUAUGGUAAUAGUAAAUAAAAAUAAAAGGUGCAGCUUCUAGUUGCCACUUAUGAUGCUUA